AUGAUGACCAGCAUCCUCAGGACCCUGCGACGCCCGGAACGACUAUGCCAAUCCAUAGCGAUCCAUCAGAUCGCACCGCAACUGGCCAGUCGGACGAAGAAGGAGCGAUCACUACCAGACGGGGAAGGACGGAGAUGGGCGAGUGGGAUGUCGAACCUGAAGCCGGCUAAGGGCUCCACUCAUUCAAGGAAACGGGUCGGACGUGGGCAAGGGUCCGGGUACGGCGGAACCGCUGGACGAGGUCAUAAGGGCCAGAAGGCCAACAAGGGAAACAGUCCUCGGCUCGGAUUCCAAGGCGGACAAACUCCGUUGACCCGGCUGUUUCCUAAGAGAGGCGCCCACAAUCCGACCCAGGUCGAAAUGUCUCCCUUGAAUCUCUUCCAACUUCAACUCUGGAUCGACCAGAAACGAAUCGAUCCUACCCAGCCGAUCACGAUGAAAGAGAUGCUAGAUUCGCGAAUCGUGCAUGGGAUCAAGGAUGGCGUGAAGUUAUUAGGCAAGGGUGCGACUGAUUUCCGGACGGAGAAUCUAACGAUCAUAGUAUCGCGAGCGUCGCAGAGUGCGAUUGAGGCGAUCGAGCGGCUGGGCGGACGGGUGAUCUGCAAGUUCUACAACCGACUGAGUCUCCGGGCGCUGCUGAAGCCCCACCGAUUCGCGGCCAAGCAUCGCUUCCUGCCUGGGGAUGCCCAUCCGGUCCGGAAGCAGGAUUGGAUGCGCUACUCUGAUUGGGAGACCCGCAGAGGCUAUCUCGGUAACCUCGAGCUGACUAAUCAGAUCCUCGAUCAGGUCGCUCGUCGUCGUGCUAAACAAGGCUGGCUCUCGAGGGAACAACUCGCGAGUCAUGUUCGGGCUAGAGUCCAAUCUGAUCAGGCUCCUCCUCCUCCUCCUACUUCAUGAUUGGCUUCUUGUUCCAAAAGAUCUCAUGCGUUUUCUUUUUUGUACUCUCCAAAAUCAUUCUUUCUUUUUUUGUUACUUUGUGAAAGUUAUUUGCAA